AUGCCAUCAGUAAUGCACCCUUGUGCCUUCCCCAAGCUUACCUUCUUCAAGGCUGCACUACAACCGUGCUGCCUUGCAUCCUCGCUCUUCCACUUGUCUUUGAAUUAUCCCACCAGGGUCACACGACCCCUCUCAACCGUCAUUGGAGCCAUGACCACAACCAAGGUUGACACCACUUCUCGCCUGGCCAAGCUGAGAAGCUUGAUGAAGGAGCGCAAUGUGCAUGUCUACAUCAUCCCAUCUGAGGACAACCACUCUUCAGAGUACAUUGCUGCUUCUGAUUCUCGACGUGAGUACAUCUCGGGCUUCACUGGAUCAGCUGGUGUGGCCGUUGUCACACCCGAAUCAGCAAUUCUUUCCACCGAUGGCCGUUAUAUCAUUCAGGCUACCAAACAGCUCGAUGCCAACUGGAAGCUCUUCAACUCCGCCCUUCAAGAUGCCCAGACUUGGCAGGAUUGGUCAGCAGAACAAGCAGCAGGUGGUAAAGUCGUUGCUGUUGACCCAUCAUUGCUCCCUUCUUCAUCUGCAAAGAAGCUGAGUGAAAAGAUUCAAAAAGCCGGAGGUGCUGAACUACUUCCCCUUGAAGAAAAUUUAGUCGACCUGGUCUGGGGUGAUGAAAGGCCUGCUCGUCCGCAACAGCAAGUAUUUCUCCACCCGGAUAAUUUUUCUGGGAGAUCCUUGAAGAGCAAGCUCGACCAACUACGCCAAGAACUUGACAAGAAAAACGCAGCUGGGUUUGUGGUCUCGAUGCUCGAUGAGAUCGCCUGGCUUUUCAACCUGCGAGGUAGCGAUAUUCCCUACAACCCCGUGUUUUUCUCAUACGCCGUUGUUACGCCCGAGUCUGCAACGCUUUAUAUCAACGGCCUAGAGUCCAACGAUACAGUGACCGCGUACCUUGCAGAGAACAAUGUACAAUGGAAACCAUACGAUUCAAUCCUUUCCGAUGCUAGGUUGCUUCAAUCGCAAGUGAAAGAGACCGCGGGAGCCCAAGGUCAAGCGUCCCCAAAGCACCUGCUUGUAUCCAACAGAGCUUCAUGGGCGCUGCACCGUGCGCUAGGAGGUGAUGACCUCGUAGAUGAAGUUCGAAGCCCCAUCAGCGAUGCCAAGGCGAUAAAAAAUGAGAAGGAGCUUGAAGGCAUGCGAGCCUGCCACAUCCGAGACGGCGCUGCUUUGAUUGAGUUUUUUGCCUGGCUUGAAGAUCAGCUUGUGGUCAAGAAAGCAGUACUCAACGAGGUCGAGGCCGACAAAAAACUCAUCUCGCUCCGAGAAAAGCAGGAGCUUUAUGUCGAUCUCUCCUUUCCAACUAUUUCAUCCACUGGAGCCAAUGCCGCGGUCAUUCACUACAAGCCCCAGGAGGGCGAUUGUUCUGUGAUUGAUGUAGACAAAGUUUAUCUCUGUGACUCAGGGGCUCAGUAUAAAGAUGGCACUACAGACACGACCCGAACCCUGCACUUUGGAACCCCAACCGACGCUGAGAAGGAGGCCUACACCCUGGUUUUGAAGGGCAAUAUCGCUCUAGAUAGAGCCGUUUUCCCCAAGGGCACCACGGGUUAUUCUCUGGAUACUCUGGCCAGGCAGUAUUUAUGGCAAUAUGGCCUUGACUAUAGGCAUGGAACUGGCCACGGCGUUGGUUCUUAUCUUAAUGUCCAUGAAGGUCCCAUAGGCAUCGGCACACGCGCACAAUACGUUGAUGUCGCUCUUUCUCCAGGGAAUGUGCUCUCUAACGAGCCCGGGUACUACGUUGAGAACCAUUUUGGUAUUCGGAUCGAGAACAUCAUUAUGGUGCGAGAGGUUGCCACAAAGUUCACCUUUGGAGAUAAGCCAUACCUUGGCUUUGAGCAUGUCACGAUGGUCCCCUAUUGCCAAAGGCUUAUCGACGUCAAUCUGUUGACAGAUGUAGAGAAGACUUGGAUCAACAACUACCACGCAGAAAUCCUGGAGAAGACUGGUCCAUUUUUCGAGAAUGACCCACUGACAACAGCAUGGCUUAAGCGCGAGACACAGGCAAUUGUCUAA